CAUAAUUGUGAGCGCAGAUUAUUUGAUUGUAAAUAAAUCUAUAAAUGUAGUGAUUUGAAUGUGUUAUGUGCAGUUCUGUGAGUUUAGUCUGCACUAGUGUUCGGUGUCCGCGGUGUCGUCCCGUGCAGCAGAUCAACCCUGAGCUGUCGUUACAGAACCGCACGGUGGCCACCCCGAGCCACGGAGUCUGGGACAUGAGAGGAAAACAGUUUCACACCGGUGUGGAGAUCAAGAUGUGGGCCAUCGCCUGCUUCGCCACACAGAGACAGUGCAGAGAAGAGAUCCUCAAGGGUUUCACGGACCAGCUGCGUAAGAUCUCGAAGGACGCUGGGAUGCCGAUCCAGGGUCAGCCGUGUUUCUGUAAGUACGCACAGGGAGCCGACAGCGUGGAGCCCAUGUUCAGACACCUGAAGAACACUUACUCCGGCCUGCAGCUCAUCAUCGUCAUCCUGCCCGGAAAAACCCCCGUCUACGCCGAGGUCAAGCGUGUGGGAGACACUCUUCUAGGAAUGGCCACUCAGUGUGUUCAGGUGAAGAACGUGGUGAAAACCUCUCCUCAGACGCUCUCCAACCUCUGCCUCAAGAUCAACGUCAAACUCGGCGGCAUCAACAACAUCCUGGUGCCGCAUCAACGGCCGUCAGUGUUUCAGCAGCCGGUGAUCUUUCUGGGGGCAGAUGUGACACAUCCACCUGCAGGAGACGGGAAGAAACCCUCCAUCGCAGCGGUGGUGGGCAGCAUGGACGCUCAUCCCAGCAGAUACUGCGCCACGGUGCGCGUCCAGAGACCCAGACAGGAAGUGAUUCAGGACCUGUCCUACAUGGUGCGAGAGUUACUCAUCCAGUUCUACAAGUCCACUCGCUACAAACCCACCAGAAUCAUCUUCUACAGGGACGGCGUGUCCGAGGGCCAGUUCAGACAGGUGUUGUGUUACGAGCUGCUGGCCAUCAGAGAGGCCUGUAUCAGUCUGGAGAAGGACUACCAGCCCGGCAUCACGUACAUCGUGGUGCAGAAACGCCACCACACGCGUCUCUUCUGUGCCGAUCGCAACGAGAGGGUGGGUCGCAGCGGAAACAUUCCUGCUGGUACAACGGUCGACACAGAUAUCACACACCCCUACGAGUUUGACUUUUACCUCUGCAGUCAUGCUGGAAUACAGGGCACCAGCCGACCCUCCCACUAUCACGUCCUGUGGGACGACAACUGCUUCACUGCGGAUGAGUUCCAGCUGCUCACUUACCAGCUGUGCCACACAUACGUGCGCUGCACCCGCUCCGUCUCCAUCCCUGCACCAGCCUACUACGCCCACCUGGUGGCCUUCCGUGCUCGAUAUCACCUGGUGGACAAAGAGCACGACAGUGCCGAGGGAAGUCACGUCUCUGGACAGAGCAACGGUCGAGAUCCUCAGGCGCUGGCCAAAGCCGUGCAGAUUCACCACGACACACUGAGGACCAUGUACUUUGCCUGAGCCAGCUCACAUCCAUCCCACAUUCGACUAGUCACGAACCCGAAAACCGCCUCCACACGCCUCACUCCUCCCAAAAGCGAAUGCAUCCUGAAGGGUGGAUCUCUGUGGCGAUGGAAGAGACACUGUGCAGCAGGAUGAGGAAGACCUGCUUUAAUUCACGUCACACGUGGACCUCGGCACUUUUAUGCAAUAUUAAACCAUCCAACUGAAGCCGUUCUGUCAUAUCCCCUCCUAAAACCCAAAAGGGAAGCCCGUCUAUGUCCCCGCUCCUCUUCCUGUCUGUACAGUAACGUUUAAUCACUUCACAACAGCACUUUGUCCCUUAUCGUCCUUCCCCCAAAAUGAGAAUUGAACGGAAGCGGAUGGAAAGACGCCUACAGAUAGAUGUACUUUUCUCCCGUUCUCAAUUAUUUUUGUAGCCAAUGGUGACUUAACUACGUGUUAAAGUAUCAGUCGAUGAAGAACCAAUUGUGCGUUAGCAUUUUAAAACAGAAAAACAAGCUUUUAUUGUCAGAGAAGUGCCAUCGCGGUAAAUAUACACUCUAGCUUUUAUGUAGUACAAUGCAAAGUGAUCAUGUUUGGAUGCUUCUUCUUGUUUUUAACACCCAAGUUCCCUCCGAUAUUUAUUUGUCUGGAUCAAACGCAGCACUUCGCAGAUCGUCUCGGUUUAAAAUGCAUAGUCUGUGUUAUGUGACCGAUCAUAGUUUAGUGCAAUAAUCCAUUAGCGGGAUGAGACUACCUCAUAUACGGCUUGGGGGGCAUCUGAAAGAGGUUGGUUUUUUAAGAAUGAGGUGUGCAUCUUUGCCACUUUUAUAGUUUGUUUUUAGUGAAAGUACAGCAGCGUUUCCUGACGAUUGACCGUGGUGUGUUAACAAGUGCCUGCGGGAAAUGCAUGACGUCGGAAGGUCAGAAACAGAACAAAUGCACCUCAUUUAGACCAAAACCAAGGGCACAGGUGAGACCACAUUCGACUGUACGGCCUUAAUAAAUUCUCGCGGUUUCAACGUCUCUGUUUUCAAUCAGAGGAUUCCUCUGCUGUUGUACUUGUUCAAGUCCGACUGGUGGGUUCAUGCUUCAGUUUGUCGAGACACGAGGGACUUGUUUGGCGGCACAGAGAUGCUCUGGCAGCACCUGAUUCGUGCCACUAGGGGGCAGUGUAGUGUUUUACUUGAAGCGUGCAGUGAGUCCCUCCGUGCACCAUCUGAAACGUCCUGCUGUUUAAAGUUAAUAAACUGCACUAAAUAAUGCGUAAUGCAUGGUGCUAUUAGCUGCGGCCCGUGGAAGCAUCAGCAACUGGCACAGACUUCCUGUGUAAGAUUGAACAUGGGAUGCAUGGAUGGUGCUGGCUGUGUGUGUUUCUCAGUCCUAAGAGAGAUUUCUCAUCAGGACAGACGUUUGGUUGUUAGAUUUGCAUUUGAUUUUAUUGCAGAGAAAGGUACAGCGCAGUGGCCAGUCAGAGUAAGAUUACGGUCAAUUGCACGAAGCAUUAGAAAGCGGAAGAUUUUAAUGCAUAACUUUUUAAAAAUAAGUUAAUUCUCUUUCAAAUACUGAACUGUAGUUUAUGCAAUCAGAUAAAUUAGGCUGUUAAAGUAGGCUGUUGUGAAGGAUUGUUUUUUUUUUAAGUGUGCAUUAGAGGUUGCACCUAUAGCAGAAGGUACACCAUGUUUUAUGGCCAUCAAAAGUGUUUAAGUGAUGCUGUAAGCAUCAAAACAGCAGCUACUGAAGCCUUUUUUGUUUCACAGCCAUUUAUCCGUGCUCCAAGCCUUUAAAGUAAAACUGUCUGUGUGUGAAUGCCAAACUGUUAUCUUCAUGAGGUGUCAUGCAAUUUUAUUUUUGUGUAAUUUUAACCUCAUAUAGAUUACUGACCCAUGCCUCUUUAUUUUGGCAAGACAUGUCUCUUUAAAGGGAUAGUUUAGUUAUAAAUGAUUAUGAAUUGUCAUUAUUAAGCCACGGUUUUCUUUUCAAACAUGCAUGUUUUUUUUGGUGCACAUGAGAUUUUAGUAAGUUUAAAAAAAUGUGUGAGCUGCGGUUUUCCAUGCAACAGAAGUGAAUGGAUAUCGGUGAAUAUUAAAGUUAAGUUUUGGCUUGAAUGCAUGAAAAAUAGAUUAUUUUUGGAACUUAGAAAUCAGUCCAUUUUUGUUGCAUUUAAGUCAAUGGCAAAAGAAGUCUGCACUGACAUGAGAAUAAGAAAACCAUAAAUUUACCUAAUUAUUAUAAUUUUUUUAGUUUCCUUUAAAGCUGCAACUGGUUUUGCCUCCGUAUGAAGACUAUAAAGAGUGUUUGUCUUGUGUUCGCAAGAUGAUGUGUGUUCAUAGCACACUUGUUGAGUUUGUGGCCUGACGUGGCGUCCGUUAUCCAGGAAGCUAGAAGUGUAAGAGUCCGUCUGUGUUUUUUCUCCUCUCUUAUUGUCUUUUAUUUUACAGCUUUCUGGGAGGGUCUAAAACAUAACCCGAGUUCAAAGUUCAUAGAAAGUGCCUUUCCUCAUGAUGGUGCUGAAUAAUCUGAGACUAAAGUGAGAAAUCAAAGAGUACAGUAGUCUAACUCUUACCUUGAAGAAGAUGUUGCACACAUGCAAACACACACGUUUUUAUCACGAUGUUUCUAUAUUCAGAUAUAAUGACGAUAUAGAUGACCUGACCUGACCUGACCAUGGACAGGAAAGACUAGCACAGCACUUUAAAGACAAGCAAACACAGUCACAGUGCUUUGCAAUCCUUUUUCUUUUUCCCCCAUAAGCCCUUUUUCAUGUACUCCAGCAAAAGACAGUCUCUUAGUGCUUCUUUGCUGAGGGGAGGUUAAUUAUGUUUCGGAGGUUUACACGGGACCCUGGUGACAUUUGGGGUUUUUUGGACUUCAGUUAUGGGUGCUUUAAAAAAAAUAAUUGUUUGUGUUGCAUUGGCUGAUCGAUCCCGGUCAAUGUGCAAUGGCCCGUAGAAACCUAGACACGUACAGUAUGUGUUUUGACCCCCGUGGCCGCCUGUGUUUUGUCACAUGGGUGUCCGUUGGUCCAGGAGGACAUACCUCGACCAGAGAUCUCAAAACACUGCACCUCACUUACCUUGGUAUGCUGCAUAUGUUAUGGUGAAAGAAACUGCAAAUGGGUGAAUCUCACCGAAGAACAUGUUCACAUUUCAUGCCAGCAUCACAAGACACAUUAUGUUUUGCAUAUGGAAAAAUAAGCCAAUUUUUUACUUUUUUUUUUUUUUGCAUUGAGACCAUUAAAAUGCAUUAAUUUCCACAUAUUCACAUUAUUGUAAUGCAAAAAAUAUGAUGUAUUAAUAUUAGUUGCAUUGCUUUUUAUUUAUGCUCAAUUUAUAGUUUUUAUAAUACAGUAAAUAUUCUAUGUAUAUUGUGGGAAUUACAAAAUAGAUCAACUACAUUUUUUUUCAUGCAAACUAUAAUUUCUAAUUGUACUGCACUUCAACAAAACGACAUAAAUUAGCAAUUAUAUUUUGCAUAAGAAAAUUAAAUAUAUAUUUUUGGAGACUAUUUUUAUGACAAUUAAACACAUUCCCCCUCUCUAAAAUCUAAUUUUUUGUAAAUAUUUAUACAUGACAGGAGUACUGUAUUUAUUGCCUUGCCUUUUCUUUAUGCUUAUUAUUCAAUAUCAUUCUAUCACUAUUGAGUAAUGCAUUAAUUGCAUUGGUUGGUAAAAUAGGCUUCGUUUUUGUCAUGCAAAAUGUAAUUUUUAGUGUAUUACACAACAACACCACAAGACAUGCAUCAAGAAAAUUACCCCUACUUUUAGACCAUUAUUAUUAUAUUUUGACAGUAUUUAAAUGACAAAUAAAUGCAUUCCCCUUUUCUAAAUUCUCAGUUGUAAUGCAAAAAAAAAUAAAAAAUAAAAUUAACAAUAAAGUACAGAAAUGAUAACGAUUAAAGGGAAAAUAUUCUUAAUUGUCAUGCAAAUAAAAUAUUAUUUAUACGGGCUUCAUUUUUCUCAUGCAAAAUAUACGUUGAUUUUUUUCCUUUGAUUUUCGAGGUGAAUAUGUUUUAGUUGAGAUUCGCCCAGAUAUUACUUUGAAAACAGUAUAAUGCCUGACAACAACAUCCUUAACAAUUUUAGAUAAAGACGUCUAAUUGUAAGAGAGAAAAAACAACAACGUUUCUUUUUCUUCUUUUACUGAGCCAACUUUUUUGUUGUCCUAUUUAAAUUAUAUGGGAAAUAUUUAAUGGUGUAUUUAUUAAGGUCGUGCUAAUGAGGCUGGAGUCUUCACAAGAGUUCGGGUGCGAGUUUGGGGGUCAGGGGUCAAAUGUACGCCCUCGACAUCCUCUCUCACGCUCACAAGCACAGAGUGGGCUGAAGCGUUCGAUGACGUCACUUCCUCCUUGACCUUUGACCUUCCUGCCAUGAGGCUCGUUGCAUCUCAUCUCUUUACAGGACGGAGAACCACACUGACUUUAUUCCAAAAAGAAGAUAAAAAGCUGAUUGUUUUCAUCCGGAGCUGCUAAACUCUUAGCCAUACAUGUUUUAUUUAUUUCCCAUUCCACUCGGAUCUAAACAUAUGAGCCUCAGCCUUAAGUGUACGCUCCUUUCUCCGAUUGGACUUGAGACGUCUGUCAGAAGGCCUUGGUUGUGUGUAGAGAAGCGUACUAACUCUCUCUCUGUGUGGGAUCUCGCGUCUCUGUUAAACCACUAAUUGUCUUGAAACGCCUGGAGAUUCGGAGACGAGGCCGCUGUCUGGAUUUCGUUUCCAGGAGGCAUCGAGGUUCACCCAAAUCGCUGAUGAGUCGAUUCCUAAAAAUGUUUACAAAAACGGUUUAAAGCUCCAGCAUUCCACAGACAGGACCGAGUCCGUCACGUCUGGCGUCUCUUUAUGAUGUAUUCGGGAUCCGUCGGGAUCUCCAAUCUCUCGUGAUAUACCAAGGGACGUUUCUUUUCCUUUUAAAACGUCUUUCUUUGUUUAAUAAUCCUCACUUUGUAGAUCAAUGGCCUUUUAGUGUUGCUUUGCUUCGGUUUGGAGUGUAUCUUUCACUAAUACUUGCAAUAAAAAGCUUUGCUUCUGAAACAGA